GUGCUCUAGGUUAGGAAAUGACAAUAUAUUUUACCUCUGGGGGAUUGUAACUCAGUGCAUUCUGAAAUCAUGAGUGGAUGCCCAUUUUGGGAGAACAAAUUCCAGUUUAAUUUUAACAAGUUGUCUUUGGAAGAUGAUGAGGAUGACAAGUCACAAGAAGGGCUAAAUAAAGCUAGCAAAGGUGGUCUUAUCUAUGGAGACUAUCUACAACUGGACAAAAUAUUGAAUGCUCAGGAGCUUCAGAGUGAAAAGAAGGGAAACAAGAUCCAUGACGAGCAUCUGUUUAUUGUGACCCAUCAAGCUUAUGAACUAUGGUUCAAGCAGAUCCUGUGGGAAUUGGAUUCUGUCCGAGUGAUAUUUCAAAAUGGUCACGUGAGAGAUGAAAGGAACAUGCUUAAAGUUGUUGCUCGGAUACAUAGAAUUUCAAUAAUUCUUAAAUUACUUGUGGAACAAUUUUCUGUUCUAGAAACUAUGACAGCUCUGGACUUCUUUGACUUCAGAAAUUACCUGAGCCCAGCAUCAGGAUUUCAGAGCUUACAAUUUCGAUUACUGGAGAAUAAGAUUGGUGUCCCUCAGAGCCUGAGAGUCCCAUACAACAGAAGACACUAUCGGGAUAAUUUCAAGGGCAAAGAAAAUGAAUUGUUGCUCAGAUCUGAACAAGAGCCAACUUUGCUGCAGCUUGUGGAAGCAUGGCUGGAAAGGACACCAGGACUGGAGCCAGAAGGAUUUAAUUUCUGGGGAAAAUUUGAAAUGAAUGUACUUAAUGGACUAGAACUGGAAUUUGCAACAGUGCAGGCCAAACAAGACUCAGAGGAAAAAGAAGACCAACUCAUGGAACUUCAGAAACAAAAAGAUGUGCUUAUUUCAUUGUUUGAUGAAAAACGCCAUGAACAUCUUCUUAGUAAAGGUGAAAGAAGGCUGUCCUAUCAAGCACUGAAAGGCGCUUUAAUGAUUUAUUUCUACAGAGAGGAACCUCGCUUUCAGAUUCCUUUCCAGCUUCUUACUUCUCUCAUGGAUAUUGAUGUGCUGAUGACUAAAUGGAGAUAUAACCAUGUGUGUAUGGUACACAGAAUGAUUGGCAGCAAAGCUGGGACAGGAGGGUCAUCAGGAUAUCAGUAUUUACGCUCAACUGUGAGUGAUAGAUACAAAGUGUUUGUGGAUUUGUUCAAUCUUUCAACAUAUUUGGUGCCAAGACACUGGAUUCCUAGAAUGAACCCAACUGUUCAUAAAUUCCUUUACACAGCAGAAUAUUGUGACAGUUCCUACUUCAGCAGUGAUGAUUCAGAUUAAAAACCUUCUUUGGACUGUCCUUGUAAAUCACUGAAUUGUAACUGAGAAGCUUGGUGCCUAAUAUUAUGUCUUAUAUUGGAUUUAUAUCCCAUUUUUAUUUGUUAUAUUGGAUAACUUAUGCAUAAGCCUAAGGGACACACACUAUGAUGCACAAUGUCCCAUAUCAUUUAAAUCUAUGAUUUUAGAUUGACUAUCAGAAAUGAAGUUUAGAGAUGAGAUAAUUAACUGAGGAAGCAAUCCAAUUUGGCUGCCAUUACACUCUGAAAUGGGAAAAUUAAGGGUCUCCUACACAGAGCAGGAGGGACAUAAAGCAGAAGGAAUGUGACCUUUGCCUCCACAUUCUUCUUGCCCUGCAAAAUGUCUAGAUGUCUGAUCUCUGCUGCCUAUCUGGGGUGUUAUGGACAGGGAAGGAAAGAGGAUGUGAUGUGUCCUACGAUGCUGGGGCUCCUUCCCUUGUUGACUCCACAACAUUUUCUUCAUUGCCUUCUCUAAGGUUGCUCUUCUCACAUUGGAAAUGCAGCCAACAUAUUUUUUCCAUGCUAGCUAUGAGUAGGGGAAGUGAAAUCCAGGGUUAGAGCUGGGAAUCUGAAUGAUCCUCUGGCAUUCCAGGUAUCCCUUGGGAGCAUUGGCUCACACUGAACUUUGUUGAACUUCCACCAUUCAAAACAAAAAAGUUUAAAGUAUGGCAGAGUUUUUUAAAUUUUUUAUCUGAUAGCUAUGCUGCCCUACAGUAUGGUUCAAGUUGCUGUUUUAGCUUUAUAAAGAUAUUGUAAGAAAUUGUAAAGAUAUUAUUUCAGUUAUGUUUCUGUUAAUUCUGUAUGGGAGCUGUCUUCAGAACAGAAGAUGGCAAAUAUACUAUAAAUAUCAAUAAACUUUAAUGUUGUGGUAUUCCA